UUCAUUAUUUUGCUGGAAAAAAUUAUCAAAUGGGGUAUAAAAGCUUUGAAAAAUGUUCAAAACGUCGUAAACUCUGUGACGUUAAUAGUCAAGACAUGUUUUUUGAGGAACGCGACGGAAUUCCGCACUUCAAUUGUAGAAUAACUUCUAGUAUCUUAAAAGAGACGCUUGCUUAUGUAUACAGGUACAUGAAUCGAAUGACACGUAAAUUUGGCGCACCUAAGAGAAUCGCCCAUAGUGCCACUUCGCUUUUUAAACAAUUGGAAGAUUUGAAAGUGCAAUACUAUUACUCUAACAUGGCGAAAAUGACCUCGUGCUUAUAUAUAGUAAUGGUUCUAGAAUCUAUACCGAGUACCAUUAAACAGUUGUCCUUAGCUUCUGGAGUCUGCAGUGAACAAAUUACUCAUUGUCAUUUAGUUAUAAUCAAAUUACUAAAUAUAGAUAUGAGUGACACUGAUGACGCCUCUUAUAUGCUCCGCAUUUCUAAAUAUUUGGAACUUAAUCUGCCAACGACGCAGUUGGCAAGGAAAAUAGCAAACAAUGCAUUGGAGAUGGAAUUUAUGUUUAAUACUUCAAAGGAAUCUUUAGUUGCAGCGUCAAUUUAUAUGGCAUGCCAGGUGAUGCAAAUUGAUUUAACGCAGGAUGCAAUUCUCGAGAUGGUAGGAGUAAGUUUUAACCAAUUUAAAAAAGUUUAUGCAGUUCUCACGUGGUAUGCCUCGGAAAUCUUCCUUGUAGACUCCGAAUUUCGAAGAAAUGCAAAACAAGUGUUUAAAUUACCAUUUCACAUGUAAUUUAAUACAUUAAUAUCAUUUAGUCAUAUAUGAUAUUAACGUAUCCUAUGCAACUUUCUAUUCCUAUGAAACAAUAUCAUCCUUGGAUUACGGUAAAUGUGACAGGGAAAUCCAGUGAAGCCAC